AUGAAGUUUCCUGGAAGGAGGUACGUCAAGGACAAAGAAAGAUAUGUUGAUCUAUUGGGCAUUGAUGAGUUUUGUGUACAUGAUAUUGAUGAGACGAUGGAGACCCUAGGCUGUGUUGAGGAGGGUAAGUUGCUGUAUUACCACUUCAAAAGACCCUUUUCAGAUUUGGACUUUGGGUUGUGUGCAUUGGCUAGUGAGAGUGACAUUAACCAUUUGGGUACCUACGUGGGUAAACAUAAAGUGAUUGAAGUUUAUGUUGAACAUGGUAAAACAGUGUUGCAUACAUAUACAAUGUCAUCUACCCCUAGUAAAGUUAUGAUAGAAGAAAUCGGUGAUCAACCUUCAUGUAGUAGAAGGCUAUUUUUGGAAUGGAAGGAAACUGAAACAGGGGAUUGUAUUGGAUCAAGUAAACCAGAUGUUGUGCCAACAAAAGAAACUAAAAGUAACCAAAUUGAUGCCCAAUGUGAAACACAAGGUAUAUUUGAUGAAUUUGAUGAAAUUCUAAAUGAAGAACCUAGAGGGAUUACUCAUGAAAGUGACAAUAGAGAUGAUGUUGAUGAUAGUGGUGAUAAUGGUGAUAGUGAUGAUAGUGAGUUCUUAGUAGACUUAGAUAACCUCCUAGAUGAACCUGAGAUAGAAUUGAAUGAGUUUUUGUUAAAUAUUGAUGAAGAUAUAGAGUGGGUGGGUGAUUUUGGAGGGUCAAAUGUCAAGGAAACAGAAACAAGGGAAAUUGAUGAUAUUGAGGUUGUAAACAAUGAGGUAUUCUUAUAUGAGUCAUCAUCUGAUGAAGGUGGGAGCAAUAGGAGAAGAAAAUCAAUUAAGGCAAUCCGAAGGGCAAUGGAAAACAAUGAAGCAAGAUUUAGUGAUCCAUUUUAUGUGUACCAAAAAUUCACCUCAUCUAAAGAAUUGAAAGAUGCAAUAAGACAACAUGAUGUGCAGAUAAGGAGGGAAGUAGACUUCAUAAAAAUGAUAAAACAAAGUGAGAGUAAUUUGUAA